ACAAAAUAAUUUAGUCCGUCGCGUUUUCGAUGACAAAUUCGAUGACAACGGGCAAAGAUGGCCGACGCGUUCGCUCACAAUUAAGGGCAGGAUUAUUAUUUUUCAUAUUAUUAAACUAGAUGCGUGACACAACCAAAAUCAUGAAACCGUUAAACGCAGAAAUUGGGAAUUAUGCAGCAUUUAAAAAAUGUGCAGAAUAACUUUAGCGUAAACUGCGGCAGUGUUGCAUUGCAAACAAACUACGAUAGUGAAGUGAAACUAAUGCAAACACCACAAAGCGCACUCAUUUGAACAACAAAUAGAAAACAAAGCGAAAGGCGUCGGGUACGUCACUCAAUCUCAACGCACGUAUACACAAUGGACGCCACCACUGGCAAUAGCAGCAGCACCAACAGUAGCAAUGGAAUCGCAGAUAACUGUCCAUGCUCUUCGGUCGCCAGUAGUAUUCCCUUGCAUCAUAAUGAACAGCCGCAAACAAAGCGGCAGAAAAUCGACAAACAAAUAAAAAUUAGCACAAAAACUUCGCCACCACUUCCUCCGCCGCCGGACAUUAUUGACACGCGUGGUGCUGGUGAUACCAUUGAUGCAAAUGGCAACAAUAAGAAUCAUCAUUUGUGCUCCUCUUCGUCAUCGUCUUCCACACUUUCGCUAUCAACUCCAAGCAGCAGUAACAAUUCACCCACAACAACACCGUGUAGCUCCCGUGCGGCGUCGUAUGCUCAGCUUCUUAGUGUACAAAAUUUAGUCAACAAAAUCUUGCCACAAGCAGUGACCAACAGUGAAACCGCUACUACGAAAGCCAAGGAUGAAGUAGAUCGUGCUGCAAAAUUGCCAGAUUUAUUGAUAGCAACGAAAGAAGCAGCAACAGCAGCCGUGACAGCCAACGACAGCAACAGCAGUACUUGCUCCUCAACGUCUCUGACAAACGCUAUUGAUGACAUGCUGGAAUUUGAGCAAUCUCUAACGCGCCAAUGUCUGUGUGGCGUUUCAGAGCGUACACUGCGCAAACCUUUCCAAUCCCACUACUCAAUUGACGCUAGUGGGCAAAAACGCAUUGCCUACUUGCGCGAGUGGCCCACAAACAAGCUGUUGCAGUUUCUCUCCAAUCUUCAGCUACUUUUCGACAUAUAUUUAAAGCAAAAUUCGAAGGGUUUUAUCUGUACGCGUAUCAUGGACGUAUGUGAUGCGCUUAUACGCGAUGAUCAUAAGCUCAUAGAUGAGAUCAUAGUGCUGGCAGGCUAUAACAAUGCCUAUGUGCAAUUUUUGGCAGGGCGUGUGUUGGCUGCCUUUCUGGUUAUUGCCAAGCAGGAGCUUAAUGAUGAAUGGCUGCAGAAGAUCGUCGACCAGCUGUUUAACUUUGAGCGCCUCGAUCAAACGGCAGUCCAGAGAAUACACUUUAGUUUAGAUAUCAUUAAACGAAUUGUGGAAUGGAAAGACGUAGAGUUACAUCCAUUGGAGGAUGACUACACUGGAGCAGCUGGCAGCAGUAGUAGCAAUAACACCCAGACAGUUUCCGCACUGGCAUCAGAAGCAUCUAUAAGCUAUAUGCACUUUCCAGUGCAGGAACAAUCGUUGGCGACCAACUAUUUUGCAUUGCAAUUUCGCGAAGAUGCGAAUGAGCACGAAGGCCACCAAAACGAUGAAGAACCGAGGACUACCACGGCUGCUAGCGGUAGCAGCGUAACAACUGCUUACCUACCCAAUGGCUGCCAUGUUGUUACGCUUACCGACUCGGAGAGCUUUGAUACGACACAUCUGAAGUGCAUUACUAUACAAAAACUGGAGCACAAAUGGCCCACGCUGGUGAAGAACAUGUCUGGGCUAAUGUCCACAGCGUGUCACGAUGCUGCGGAGCAUUGUGUGCUUAAUUUUCUACAGCUAUGGGAAAAUAUUAUAUCGGUGAAAGCGAAUCUCUCUAUAGAUGAGACACGUCCCUACUAUGCGCAACUGGACAAAUUUGAGCUGCUGCUUAGCCAGAGCUUGCCAUGUACUGUUUACAAGCAAAUGCUUUGCUUGUUUAACGAAGCACUAUGCUAUGGCUCCACUCUGGCGCUGCAGGACACGCUGCCCGAGGAGACAUGCAAGUUAGCUCAUCAGAUUGUGCGACACGUGCGUGACUUUCGUAUACUGGAAUCGUUGCCGCGACACCAGCCCGAAAAUAAUGUUGGCUUAAUAGGUUAUAAUGGUUUGCCUAUUACCUAUGUGUAUGGUACCAUGUCUACAACUACACAAGCGGAAGCCGCUGGCGGUGCACCGUUGGAUCUCAUCGAAAUGGAUAAGACGAUGCUGCAGAAAAUGGUGCUCUUGGUGCUGAAAUCAAUUGCGGUUACUGUUAAAGAAAUACGCAGCGAUUCAUCGGAUUCAUCCAUCGAUUCUAGCGACUACGAUGCAUUUCAAGAUAUGCUGCUAAUUGAGCGCUCCAUACGCGAUGUACUUAGCAAACUUGAAACGUUUAUAAAGCAAACACUUGAGUUCCAUCCAAGAAGCCACUUUAGCAAAAUUCUCAUACAUCUGUUCGAUGAUCAGGACGACCAUUUAAUCGAAGCGAUGGUCUGUACACUGGAUGUCACCUCGGGCAUAUCGUUUCGCAAUAAUGCAUUUCCGGAGUUGGUCGCCAUUCUAAAUCCUGUAUAUACAUUCCUAGAAUUUCUAAAAAUGACAUCGAACAGUUCAGACCUGUUGCUGGAUUUGCUCGUUAGCAAUGAGACCUGCUUUCUACUCUAUUUGCUUCGAUUUCUCAAAUAUAUUCGUAUGAACUGGACUAUAUUUGUCCACAGCUGCCAUAGCUUUGGGAUGGGCAACAGCACGCUGCAGGAGGCUAUGGGAGUACUAAUCCGUUUGCGUUUUCAAAUAUCUCGUUUGGUGUCUGCAAAUCUAUACCCCUAUGACAUAUCACCGGUGCUGCGUCUUUUGGAAAGCUGCGAAAGUCUCUUUGAAGGUAAUGAACUUAGCUAAAUAAUAAUUUACCGUACUGCGUUAUUAAAACGUUUUGCAAACUGGCCCCAAAACAGCUACAAUUAGUGUUGAUAAAUAUGCAAAUAAUGUACGUAAUUUAUUAUUGUUUUAUUUUUAUGAAUAGUUAGCAGUAAAUAGUGAAAAAUGCCUUAAAAGUUUGUAAAAUGAUGUCUUAA